AUGUAUUCUGGUUCUUGCGGUUGCAGAGAGAUCUCGUUCACGCUGGCUGCCAAGCCCUCCAAACUCACGAAGUGUUUCUGUUCCGACUGUCGCAAGUUUUCGAGCUUUUUUGGCCAGUUGGCUGCGCUUCACCAAGCCGCAGACUUCAAGCUCAACGAUCCCAAGGGUUAUUUGAAAGUGCACGUUGUCACUACCACAAGAUCAGGUCUGCCCAAGCGGAGGUUCCUCUGUGGAAAUUGCGGCAGUUCCAUCUACACAAUUCCUAGGGGCCACGAAGGUGAGCUGGUGCGGAUCCGGCCUACACUACUGGAUGGCGACUUUAACGACUACAUGGAGGGCGUUCCAGUCAAUGCCAUUUUCACUGAAGAGCUUGAAAAAUUCCAAGUCAAAGACGUUAAACUGAUAUAG